GCUCCGACUAUAGUUUAAAAGGCUGGAAGGCGGGCUUCCAGAACUAGUAUCUGAGUGCGGGAGAAAAGCCCGCUUGGAACAGCCAUGACCCGGCGGGCAGGGGGCUCUCGGCUGCUCUGCAGUCUCCUUCUCUUCGCGUUGUGCACUGCUGGAGUCGCCCCCUUCAAUUGGGAUCUCCCAGAGCCCCGCAGCCGAGCCAGCAAGAUCCGAGUACACCCACGGGGCAACCUCUGGGCAACCGGUCACUUCAUGGGCAAGAAGAGUCUGGAGCCCCCAGGCCUGUCGCUGGUGGGGACAGCACCUCCCAGCACCCAGAGAGACCAGAGACUGCAGCUGAGUCAUGAUCUGCUCCGGAUCAUCCUGCUAAAGAAAGCCUUAGGCAUGAGCCUCAGUGGCUCAGCCUCCCCAGUUCAGCACAGGAGGCUGCGGGACCCAAUACGGAAGAAGUGAUACCAGUAAAGGAACAAACACAACAACAUGGCUUAGAUAGAAUGUGUCCAUCUCGGCAAGCUGCUGAGCACAACCCCAGCAGUGGCCCUGUCUGGAUGUAAAUCCUAAACUCCAAUGUGUUACUUAUUCCAUUACGUGAUUUCUGGUUGGGUCACCAGGAAUGUUGAUGAUACAGACACAAAGUCUUUCCUGCUGUAUUUCUUGCUUCCCUGGUGAAGUUGUGAAUAAAAAUACUGCUCUUUACACAGAA